UGUGAUUUGAGGAGAAAGUUUUAUCUAAACGAGAUGCACAAGUCAGGCGAUGUGGUAAUAGGAGGACUGUUUGAGAUCCAUUACACUUCCGUCUUCCCCAAACUGACUUUUACAUCAGAGCCACAGCAGCCCGUCUGCAAAGGCUUCGACACGUUAGGGUUCAGGUACGCCAUGACCAUGGCUUUUGCUGUCGAAGAGAUCAACAACAAGUCCAGCCUUCUUCCCAACCUGACCCUGGGAUACAGCCUUUAUGAUAACUGCGGUGCGCUCGUCAUUGGAUUCAGCGGCGCCUUAUCCCUGGCCAGCGGCCGAGACGAGCAGUUUCUGCUCCGCCAGAACUGCUCUGGAAGCCCCCCCGUUCUGGGCAUUGUUGGCGAUCACUAUUCAACUUUUUCGAUUGCCAUUGCCAAUGUGCUAGGUUUAUACAACAUGCCUAUUGUGAGUUAUUUUGCCACAUGUUCCUGUCUCAGUGAUCGGCAGCGCUUUCCCACAUUCUUUAGAACAAUCCCAAGUGAUGCUUUCCAGGUGCGUGCCAUGAUUCAUAUUCUAAAGCACUUUGGUUGGACAUGGUUUGGCCUGCUGGUCAGUGACGAUGACUAUGGACGUCAUGUGGCCCAGUCUUUCCAGGUCGACCUGGCUGAGUCUGGCGAAAGCUGCCUGGCCUACCUGGAGGUUUUGCCUUGGGACAAUAACCCAGGUGAACUAAGGAGGAUUGUAAACGCGAUAAAGACAUCAACAGCUCGUGUUGUCAUCGUGUUUGCACAUGAAAUUCACAUGAUUCAACUAAUGGAGGAGGUGGCACAGCAGAACGUAACUGGCCGGCAGUGGAUUGCUAGUGAAACCUGGACAUCAGCAGCUGUUCUCCAGACACAGGAACUCACGCCGUACCUCAGCGGCACGCUGGGCAUCGCCAUCCGACGAGGAGAAAUACCCGGGUUCCUGGACUUCCUGUUGAAAAUACGCCCCGGCCCGAAUGACACCAGCGAAAAUAGCUUGGUGAAGCAGUUCUGGGAGCACACGUUUCAGUGCAAAUUCAACCCAGCGGACAGGGAAGACGGGGAAUCCGUCUGCACCGGCCACGAAAACAUGGAACUGGCGGAGACCGAGUUUUUGGACGUUUCCAACCUCAGGCCUGAGUACAAUGUCUACAAGGCAGUCUACGCUCUGGCUCACUCCCUUGACGACAUGCUGAUGUGUGAGCCGGGCGAAGGACCUUUUACUGGGCGCAGCUGUGCCAGUUUGCAGGCUGUGGAGCCAUGGCAGCUCUUACACUAUUUGCGAAAGGUCAACUUCCCAACUGAAUUCGGUGAUGAAGUCUCAUUCGAUGAGAACGGCGAUGCUCUGCCCAUAUACGACGUGAUGAACUGGCUGCGACUGCCUGACGGAAAGAUUAAGAUUCAAAAUGUUGGCGAAGUGAAAAAGUCUGACGCUGGAGGUGAAGAACUCACACUUAAUGAGGACAAAAUCUUCUGGAACACCGAUUCAAAGAAGGUUGCGUUUGGGAUCAGCUUUGUGCUCUGUGUGUCCUGCAUCCUGGUUAAAACCAUGGUGGUUCUGGCUGUGUUCAAAGCCUCCAAGGCAGAAGGGGGAGCUUAUCUUAAGUGGUUCGGAACUAUGCAGCAAAGAGGAACAGUUCUGUUUCUCACCUGUAUUCAGGCAGCUAUAUGCAUCGCUUGGCUUGUCUCCUCUUCACCCACCCCCUAUAAAAACACCAAAUACCACAAUGACAAAAUAGUUUAUGAGUGUGCAGUCGGCUCCACUAUUGGCUUUGCUGUGUUGCUGGGAUACAUCGGCAUAUUGGCUCUUCUCAGCUUUGUGUUGGCGUUUUUGGCGAGGAAUCUUCCCAACAACUUCAACGAGGCCAAACUCAUCACCUUCAGCAUGCUGAUCUUCUGCKCUGUGUGGGUGGCCUUUGUUCCUGCCUACAUCAACUCCCCGGGAAAAUACGCAGAUGCAGUGGAGGUGUUUGCUAUCCUGGCCUCAAGUUUUGGCCUCUUGGUGGCGCUGUUUGGACCUAAAUGUUACCUAAUUCUGCUCAAACCAGACAGGAAUACAAAGAAGGCUAUCAUAGGUCGAUACAGGAAGUCAUAA